UCCAGAAAAUUUGCUCAAACAACACUGCCGACAAAGAAUCCGACUCAGUUUCUCCAGAUUUCAACUUUCGAUUCGUCCUCAAAAAAUGGGUCUGUCCAUCAACGGCAAUUCAACUUCUUUGGUGGCGCAAUCUCACCGCCGCACCCACAAGAUCUUCCUCAUAUCCAACUAUAUCCUCCUCGGCGCAGCCUCCAGUUGUGUCUUCCUCACCCUCUCCCUCCGCCUAAUCCCCUCACUCUGCGGCUUCUUCUUCAUCCUCCUCAACGUAGUUGCCAUCGCCGCUGCCGUCUGCGGCUGCUCCGUCGCCACUGCUGGGUCAAACAAGUAUUAUGCCGCACACAUGGUGGUAACAGUUCUGACAUCAAUUUGCCAGGGCUCCGUCUCGGUGCUAAUCUUGACCAGAACAGCCGACUUCUUGGGCUACCUGAACUCUUAUGUUAGGGAAGACGAUGGGGUCGUGAUUCUGAAGAUGGUCGGCGGGUUGUGCGUGGUGGUCUUUUGUAUGGAGUGGGUGGUGCUAACACUCGGCUUCCUGGUGAGGUACUAUACCUUUGUGGAGAGUUCGGAGCAGAGGACCGCCGGCGCCGGAGCUAGAACAGAGAACCUGAAAAAUUGGUCAAUGCCUUUCCAAGUUCAAGUCUAGAAGAGCAUCCUUUCUAUUCUUGUUUUCGUUUUUGCCUUUUUUUUUUUUUUUU